AACAUAAUCUUUAUUCUAGAAGAAAAAACUUGCAUUGCCUUUGCUGAGGGAAAGCGAAGAGCUUCCAGCUUGUAACGUGUUCAAUACAUUACGACGAUGAAGGCAUUUAUGCCAAAGAGCUAAUGACUAUGUACGAAACAGAGAAGUUCUUCGGACGAAGAGUUGAACGUAUAAAACAGAGUGGCGUCUGCUUACAAACACAACGAGCAAGGAGAUGCAGACACCCGUGUGUACCAAAUACCAUGGUUGUGGAUUUUGUAGUUAUGAAGAAAGAUGUACGACAAGUCACGGAAAUGAACAGCCAACAGGACCGACAAACGAAAAGUACGAUUCACCUUGUUGGCAGGAAAGUCGAGAGUGUCGGAAUAGUUCUGGUCCUCAGCAACGAACUGGAGGACGGCAUUUUGCAGGGCCAUCUCUUGCGAACACUCACCAGAGAGCGGGUCGUAGCCAGCACCACGGGAUGGCUGAGACUUGCCUUCGCCCCUGCUCCACCCAUGCAGCCAGGCUUCCUUGUGAGGACUCUUCCGGCAAUGAGUCGGCCACUGCAGCAGACGCGGACCUUAACGACAACUCCACCGAUUUUGCGUUGCUGUGAUUGAACGACGAACAGCCCCAGGUGAGCAGACAGCACCCUGGGCAAAUGAACUACAGUGAGAAUACGAGUUUAAAAAAAUCCUUGCGCUUAAGAAUUUAACCAGACCAAUGCCUUGGAAGCUGAUGGUUGCACGGCUGUUAAUGAAUUCUGAGCCUCGAUUGAACCACAAAUUUACAUUGCUGUCAGUGGAUUCUGUCCCAGUGAAGCUGAGUCCACCUUCUAUCCUCGCAGUAUAGUUAUCCGUGUUUAAUUUUAAUAUUAUCCUCAUAUCUUAACCUGGCCUCUUAAAUUGAGGUUUUCCGAUCAUAAUUUUGGGUGCGCUCUUAUCUCUACUAUGGCUACAAAUUAUGAAGCUCCUCAUUAUUCGGCCCGCGGGCCACCAGUUGGACCACGCUGAGCUAUGCUAUAGGAAAUAUUAUAAUAGAUCCUCAUAAAAUACACCGUGUUUCAAAAGUAGCUUUACAACUUCGCAGGAGAAUAUAAAUUUAUUUAAAGGACGUGCGCAAUAUUUUUAGAUGCACAAAUUUAGCCAAACACAUCAAGUUUCAUGUGACAUACCAAUAAAGCUGGUAGGCCACGUGUUUCUGAAGACGUCGUGGAACAGAUUAGGGAAAGCUUCUCUCGAAGUCCACGCAAGUCAACGAGACGUGCAUCUCGGGAAAGUGGGAUUCCACAUGUGACUGUUACGAAGACGUUUACACUUAAGAGCUUACAUAUUAUCCAUGGUGCAAGCCAUUUCAGAUGAGAUAAACUGGCUCGUAAGAAAUUUUGUACACGAAUGUUGCGGCGGGUUGAAGACGACCGGCAUUGUGUAUCUGGACAGUUCCUCAUUCCUCAACUUGACGAAGAUGACCACUUCCAGCAAAACGGUGCACCCCCUAAUUAACUCGGAGAAGUGCGCGAGUACCUCAACAACCGUUUCCCAGGUCGGUGGAUUGGUCGGCCACCUCGUUCGCCGGAUCUAACGCCUUUAGAUUUCUUCUUGUGGGGAUCGAGUGCACGUGUCACCCUUACCUGCAAACAAAAGAAUUUUCCAUCUGCUACUGCGCAUGACAUACGCAGAUUUUUGGAGUUUCUCAUCAGAAACUUUUUCGUCUUUGAAUACCUCUCGAUUCGAGAAGUUUUAGCUCAGCUUCGUUUUGUUCACAAUUUUUAUUUCCUUCUGUAUUUUGUAUUUAUUUUUAUCUUCUAUCCUGAAUUUGUAAUUGGCUCUUGCAGUUGUUGAGUCAGCAUGUUAAAACAAAGGCUUAAA